UAAAUCAUAACUUUGUACUUAGCCACUUCUAACUCAAAUAAGUUUAGCUAAGGAGCCUCUAGACUCAAAGAAGUCUACACCCUCUUCUACAUAUGGACAUAAGGAUUCCUCUCUUCACAUCUAAACAAUAACACAAUUAUAAAUACACACUUGUACCCUCCAAUCACCACAAGAUGAUCAUCAACAAUGAUCAUUUUCAACAACUAGCAAUUAUGGCUACUUCCAGCAAUCAUCAAAGCCACACAUCAACAAGCCGUUCAUCAGACUCCGGUGAGCCACCAUCUACUGCAGCUGCCGCUGCCGCCUCCCCGGUUGAUAACAAAUGGGCUUCAAGGCUUCUUAAUGAGUGUGCAAGAGCCAUCUCAGAUAAGGACUCCACCAAAAUCCACCAACUCCUAUGGAUGUUGAAUGAGUUAGCAUCUCCUUAUGGAGAUUGUGAUCAGAAAUUGGCUUCUUAUUUCUUGCAAUCCUUGUUUUGUAAGGCGACCGGCUCCGGCCGGAGAUGCUACAAAACCCUAACCUGUGUAGCUGAGAAGAGCCACUCCUUUGAUUCAGCUAGGAAGUUAAUACUCAAGUUCCAAGAGGUAAGUCCAUGGACAACUUUUGGUCAUGUAGCUUCAAAUGGUGCAAUCUUGGAGGCCUUAGAUGGUGAAACCAAGCUUCACAUAAUUGAUAUAAGCAACACCUUUUGCACUCAGUGGCCUACUCUAUUGGAAUCUUUAGCUACAAGAAACGACGAGACGCCUCGAUUGAAGCUCACGGUUGUUGUAACUGCAUCCAUUGUAGGAUCAGUCAUGAAGGAGAUAGGGCAAAGAAUGGAGAAGUUUGCAAGGUUGAUGGGAGUUCCAUUUGAAUUCAAUGUAGUAAGUGGUCUAAACCACUUCACAAAGGAAGGACUAGGAGUUCAAGAUGAUGAAGCUAUAGCUGUGAAUUGUAUUGGGGCCUUAAGAAGAGUUGAAGUGGAAGAAAGAGUUGCUUUGAUCCAAUUCUUCCAAUCACUUAAGCCUAAAGCUGUGACAAUUGUUGAAGAAGAAGCUGAUUUCACAAGCACAAGAUAUGACUUUGUCAAGUGCUUUGAAGAGUGCCUUAGAUUCUACACAUUGUACUUUGAGAUGCUAGAGGAGAGCUUUGCCCCAACAAGCAAUGAAAGGUUGAUGUUGGAGAGGGAGUGUUCAAGGAGCAUAGUCAAGGUUUUGGCUUGUGAUGAUGAUGACGAUGAGAAUGAGAAUAAUGAGAACGGUAGUAAUGGAGAAGAAGGGUGGUGUGAGAGGAGAGAGAGAGGAAGCCAAUGGUGUGAGAGAAUGAAAGAUGCUUCCUUUUCACCAGUUGGGUUUAGUGAUGAUGUUGUGGAUGAUGUCAAAGCAUUGUUGAAGAGAUAUAAAGCUGGAUGGUCAGUUAUGGUACCAAAAUCAGGGGGAGGAGAUGAUGAUGAUGAUGAUAAGAAUAAUCAAAUUCCUCAAUCAUCAGGAGUUUACUUAACAUGGAAAGAUGAGCCUGUUGCAUGGGCUUCAGUAUGGAAACCCUAGAAAGAAUUUAUGGCAUAAUAUGUUUCUAUAUAUGGAAGCUCUAGUUAGCCAUGGAUAUCUAUGAUUUUACUUAAAUGGGAAUGGGAGGACUAGCUAGCUAGGAAACCCUUUCAUAGUUUCAUUGCUUUGCUCUCGUUUAUGCAACUUUAUGUAGUCACGUUCCAUUAUAUGCUUGGGAGUUUGUGCUUUGCUUUUCUUCUUUUCUGCUUUUUAGAGCACUAGUUGUUCAUGUUUGUACAAGUUCCCAUUUGGAUUUGUUGCUCAAUAUCCUUCUCCUCCCCCAUUAUUGUAUCCUUUCCCUAAUUCUAUAUAGUGCCU